AGACAUUCAGGUCAUGUCUCAUUCGGAGAAGAAAGUUCAUGAAGAAUUUACCCAGGAGAUGAAAGCGUUCGAUUCUUCCAGGGACGUGCCUCUGUACAUGGGGAUGUCAAUCAGCAUCUUAGCUGCAUCGGCCGCCAUCGCGGGUAAGUUGAAUGAAGUAAGUUGUAUGUUGUAAGUUACAUGUUGUAAGUUUAAUGUUGUAAGUUGCAUGUUGUAAGUUACAUGUUGUAAGUUUAAUGUUGUAAGUUGCAUGUUGUAAGUUUAAUGUUGUAAAUUGCAUGUUGAAAGUUGCAUGUUGUAAGUUGUAUGUCUAAGUUUAUUUGUUAAACUCUAUGGUGAAUUGUAGCUGUUUUGGCAUCUGCCCCUCCGUAGCCAUGGUACUGUUGUCGGUGACGGUGCUGAAAUACGUUUUUGCUACAAUUAUUUUUUUACCGGGCUGAGCAUAUUAUGUUAAAGCUGACAACAACAACCACCAACAACAACAUCAUCAACAACUACAACAAUAGCAACACCAAAAAGAAAACCCCACUAACACCACCACCACCAACAGCAACAACCAGAACAUUAACACACCACGAACAACGACGACAACAACAAGUGAUUUGAAUGGUCCUUCUGGGUUUAAUUCUUUCCCUUCUUCUUGCCAAGAAUAAAGACCUUUGCGACCCCUUUUGGUGUUAACGUGGAGUUAAGGCAGAGCUGUGUUUGAUACCGUCAGAUUAUAAGAUCGCAAUUUGUAAUUAAUUUUUUUUUUAUGAGAGAUGGGGGUUGUCUGUUGUUAAAAAAUAUUUAGACUAGUACUUGUUUUGUGUCUGUCAGCGUUUUUUUUAAAAUAUAUAUAUAUUUUAAAAAAAAAAAAAUUUUAAACAAGAAGAAGCUCUAGGAUUGAUCUACGGAUAUAUCGUAGUGUAAAUAUAGAUUUUAAAUAAUUUUGUUGUAGCAUCAAUAAUAAAAUUAUGAUUCUUUAAAGAUGUUGAAAAAAUUAAAAAGAUAAUUUUUUUUAUUUUUUCAGCAACAAUAGCCAGCUACACAGUGGGGUUCUUGGAGACGUACAGGAGAGAUGUGUCUGCGAUAUGGAUGGCUUGUUUACCUGUAAGUGGUGAGCUGUCUUACCCGAUGGUGCACUAUUACUAUUAGUGUCCCAAUGUCCAAAAAGGUGUACCAAAUGUCGUGUUGGUAGACACGGGUUAUUUUAUAUACUAAUUCUAUUUUAGGUGCACGAAAUGUUGCGUCGACAUUCUAAGUCUCAUUCAGGUGUAAGAAAUAAAAAUUGAAGUUAAAAAGUUGCGUUAGAGAUAUAAAGUUUUUUUUGUUUUUUUUAAAAGUAAGUCAAACAAUUUUCUUUAUUUAAAUUUUGAUUAUUUCAACUAUUAUUUGAUAAAUUAACUAUAUCAUGUCUCGUACACAUUUCUAAAGCCUAGAUCACUUACCACUCCUUAACGUAUAUCGUACUCUGAUUUUGUUUUAUCCAGUUCCUGUUCCCAGUCAUCACUGGCAUUGCCGUGGGUUACAGACGUCAGAUGUCCAGUGUAAGUGUCACUUACCUUGCUGGUGCUCUCAAUUUUAAUGUCCCUGUUAAUGGAUGUCAAUCCCUCACCACUUUGUAUCCCCCACAUUCCUCCGAACUAGUCAUUUAUUCACAUCCCAUCUUCACACAAAAAGUGGUCAUUUUCUCUACUUUCCCAUGUUAAGACUUUCGUUUCCGAGCGAUAUACAAUUAACCUUAUAAAUAAAGACCAGUGCCCAAACAAGCAAAGAAUGUCGCGAUGAGCGGCUGGGACAUAAGUAAAUAUUUGGUUGUAUAUAACCACAAUAAAUCGAUCAAAAUAUUGUGAAUACGUUCCAUUGUCGUUUUUGAAAUGAUUAAGUUUCAUAAAUGCCCCCAGAGUUGACCGUUCCACACCAAAGAAUUUAUCUAUUGACUCCUCAACAGAUCGGUGUCCACGUGUGUCUACUUAUGGCCACACUUCUGGCUGGAGGUGCCAGCUACGGAUACUCCAUUGAAAACGUUUUCAUCAACCGAGACAACUGCACGUAAGUUUUCAAACACAUUUGUUGCUUAAAACUAUUAACUAAAUAAAACUUACAUUAAAAAUUAAUUUGGUUUUUACCACUAUUUGGAAUCAACGGUCCCCAAUGAUGGUCCAUGGACCGGCACCAACCGGUAAAUUCUGUGUGUGGAACAUGUCAUUAUUGGCAUUGCCAGAUUUGGACUUGGUGUUUGAUUCGGGGGUUCACCGUGAAUAUUAGUAAUAUAAGAAUCUACAGUUAAACUGAUUAGAGCAGUGUUGACUAUUCAAUACUAAUCAUGGGGUGGGUUCAACUCAAGAAUCGUUCCACAUAGAGGUCUGCACUAGACGUUGGGGUUCAAUUCUCAUCCUAAACCUGACAAUUAUAAUUUACUAUUUUUUAAAUCUUUUUUUUUUUUGCUUUCUUAAACAAAAAUCCCCCCACCCCAAUUUUAAAAUAUUAAACAAAUAUUGAGUAUAUCAUAAAUGUAUUUAUAUAUGUAUAUGUACAGGGGUGGGUUCAACUCAAGAAUCGUUCCACAUAGAGGUCUGCACUAGACGUUUGGGUUCAAUUCUCAUCCUAAACCUGACAAUUAUAAUUUACUAUUUUUUAAAUCUUUUUUUUUUUUUGCUUUCUUAAACAAAAAUCCCCCCACCCCAAUUUUAAAAUAUUAAACAAAUAUUGAGUAUAUCAUAAAUGUAUUUAUAUAUGUAUAUGUACACCGGUAUAUAUGCAGGGACGUCAUUUGUAAUUUUCAGGUUUUAUUAAAAUUGCUGUGCACUGUGGCGCCUCCAGUAAUAAACAACUCAUCAAGCCGACCAAGCUUGGGUUUUGCACCCCCCCCCCCAACCCCACCCUCAAUUUUGAAAAAAAACAACUGAAAAGACGUUCCUGUAUACACACACACACACAGAUAUUUGAAAGCUAAAAUGUUGAUACGAUACCAAAUGCCAAAGUAUUUUAUAGUCAAAAUAUUCCUAUGCUAGAAACCUUGAUGCAGUCACAAUUAUCUAAGUCAUCAUAUUCGGAUAUUCUUACGAUAUUUGUUUGAGGAAUUUUUUAAUUCCUAAUAAAAAUUGAAGCUAACUUUCCCACUCUAACUCCUUUUUUCUUCCCUUCUUCUCAAAGUGUCAUCAGCGUCACACGGGGGGACUGCCACAAGGUGGCGCUGGUCUACUCUUACGUCGUCGCAGGGGGCGUGGCCAUUGGAUUCAGUGUUUUGGGCCUUCUAGUUUCAACACUUGCUUGCUCGUCCGCUGUUGUAAGUACGUGUGAUGUGUGUCCAAAAGUUAUCGGAACAUUACUGCUGCUUCCCCCCCCCCCUUUUCCAAACCAGCUGAUGAAAAUAAAUAAGAAGAAUAAAAUAACAAAGCACCCACUUUAAAAUAUAUUUAUUUGGUAAUCAUUGAAAUAAAAAUUAAAAAAAAAAAAGUUUUGAAGCAUGGAUACACUAUUAGAAGAAAUUGAAUUAAACAUAAUCCAAAACAAUAACUGCGCCAUUCUACAGUUCUGGCACCACGGCCAACAUUUAGGAAAAAAAACAAAUACCAACAGCUGCUGGUUGUUGUGAUAGGCCAGAAAAUUUGUACUUUGGUACAGAAUGGUCAGUCGUAUUUUUUGACAUAGAUAUCAUACGCCCAGACUACUUCUGUUUAAAAACUACAGUAAUAAAAUCUAAUCACAAUCGAUCGUUAACAAAUAUAGAUCCCUGACAUUGAUUUUCACUAGAUUACCCAUCCCAUUAAUAAAAAUGUUUAGUUCAAAUUAUUCUUAAGGCUUUGUUUAGAUAUUAUGUGCCCUAUAAAUGUUGAGGUUGAUGUCAUGGAUAUUAUGUACCCUAUAAAUGUUGAGGUUGAUGUCAUGGUUUUUAUGUGCCCUAUAAAUGUUGAGGUUGAUGUCAUGGUUAUUAUGUACCCUAUAAAUGUUGAGGUUGAUGUCAUGGAUAUUAUGUGCCCUAUAAAUGUUGAGGUUGAUGUCAUGGUUAUUAUGUGCCCUAUAAAUGUUGAGGUUGAUGUCAUGGUUAUUAUGUACCCUAUAAAUGUUGAGGUUGAUGUCAUGGUUUUUAUGUGCCCUAUAAAUGUUGAGGUUGAUGUCAUGGUUAUUAUGUGCCCUAUAAAUGUUGAGGUUGAUGUCAUGGUUAUUAUGUGCCCUAUAAAUGUUGAGGUUGAUGUCAUGGUUUUUAGUUAGGAUAUAGACAAUAUUACUUGCUGAAGAAAUUGAAUUAUUUGGGUUUUUAUUAUUAUUAACUUUAAAAAAAAAGAAAUUCAACGAAUGCCUUAGAAAACAACGUGUCACUUAAAUCAAUCACGUGACGUCAGUGACGUUUUUUUUCCCUAACACACCAAAGUCUGUUUCCGUCACCAGAAACGACGCAGAGUUAAAGAUCGGGUGCAGCAGAGAGACGAGCUGACCAAGGCAGAGCUGGACGCCAACAGCAGAUGUCAGAACGUGAUGAGGUCCGCCAUGGCCAAACAGGCAACAACUCAGCAGGGGAACCCGCGCCAGGCGAGACCGUGCCGCGACCAGAACAUUGGCGGCACGGCCAAUGCCGUCGUCACCCAUACACAUUUUACCGAUACCUAUUUGUGACGUACGUGGGUGGUCCGUUCAAGAGGGGACAUCAGUGUUAUGUGUCAUGAUUGGACAGUUUUAGCUGCUCUAUUUGACAAAAAUAAAAAAUUUGAUGCAUUUAGUGACAGAUGGCAUUUGAAAUGGAUGGGAAACAAUAAAUUCAUUUUUUAUGACUUUGUGCUUGAAAUGUUUUGUUUUAAAAGUCUGAUGUCAUCAUGUUCCACGAUUUAAAAAGGCUUGUAUAUAAAGACACUAGAAUAAAAAAUGUUGAUGGAGAUUGAACACGCCCAGCAAGUUGCAGCAAUUUUAAUAUUUUUUUAAAUAUUUUAUUGAUGUUUAUAUGUCGGCAUAUGAUAUAUUACUUUUGUUAAGUCGGCAUGUAAUUAUGUGAUGACAUCAUAAACUCUAAUCUAAAUGUCCAAAUAACUUUCAUAAUCCCAAUAAUAAAAGACAUUUUCUGUGC